GCUGCCAUUUUUUCGAUUAGACCUUUUUGACGAGUUGUAGGCGACCGAGGCUACAUUGUGAGUUCCCCCGUUAGUUUGUUGCAGUUUAGUUUCCACGCUUGGCCAGCUGAGACAUAUUUAAAAGCAACAUUACAGCAGGUUGGUUUAUUUGAAACCUUUUAGAGGCGCAGAGAGCCGCACUGCUCUGCAGAUGGCUGCUUAGCUCCGCUGGCUAACAUUAGCUGGUGCUGUAAACAAACACCACAGAGAGUAAAGAAACAGCUGCCGAUAAAGGAGCCAUCAUCCUGCAGGUUGGUUCAACUAAUACACUGAAUAAUUCGCGUGGUUGAGAGCUGGUUUAACCUUGGGAUCGUGGUGUUCAGUGUAGCUGGUUGCUGGAGGUGGUUUUGAUGCUGCAUGUGUGGAAGUUAGCAACGCGGCUCCAGUUUUGAUGACAGAGCGAGUUUCUCCAAAACAGCUCGGAGCUCAGUCGCUUUAGAGCGGGUCGGAGUCAGUCCGGUCACACGGGGUAAACGCACCCACACCGGCAUGUCGUCCUUCUCUGAGUCGGCCCUGGAGAAGAAGCUGUCGGAGCUGAGCAGCUCGCAGCAGAGCGUCCAGACUCUGUCUCUGUGGAUCAUCCACCACCGCAAACACUCCGGCCUCAUCGUCAAAGUGUGGCACAGAGAGCUGAAGAAAGCUAAAAGCGGCAGAAAGCUGACAUUCCUGUACCUGGCCAACGAUGUCAUCCAGAACAGCAAGAAGAAAGGACCAGAGUUCACCAAAGACUUUGAGACGGUGCUCGUCGACGCCUGCUCACAUGUUGCCAGGGAAGCUGACGAGAACUGUAAAAAGCACAUGGAGAGGCUGCUGAACAUCUGGAAGGAGAGGAGCCUCUACAGAGCUGACUUCAUUCAGCAGCUCAAACUGGCCAUAGAAGACUCCAACAGCCCCAGACCUUCAGAGGAGAAGAAGCCUGUGAAAAGAAGCUAUCAGAAGAUCCAAGAAGAGGAAGAGGACGAGGAUGACGACUAUAGAAGCCAUAACUCUCCCCGCAACUCGGACGCUUCUGCAGCUCAGCUGACGGAGGAGCUGGUGAAAGCCCUGCAGGACCUGGAGAAUGCUGCAUCGGGUGACGCAGCAGUCCGUCAGAAGAUCGCAUCCCUGCCGCAGGAGGUCCAGGAUGUUUCUCUGCUGGAGAAGAUCACUGACAAGGAGGCAGCAGACAAGCUGUCAAAGACGGUGGAUGAAGCCUGUUUGCUCCUGGCCGAGUACAACGGCCGACUGGCUGCAGAGCUGGAGGACCGGAGGCAGCUGGCUCGUAUGCUGACUGAGUACAUAGGCAGCCAGAAGGAGGCGCUAGUUGAGAGAGAGAAGAAACUCGAGGAGUAUAAGCAGAAACUGGCGAGGGUGACUCAGGUGAGGAAAGAGCUCAAGUCCCACAUCCAGAGCCUCCCUGACCUCUCCCUCCUGCCCAACGUGACCGGGGGUCUGGCCCCUCUCCCUUCAGCCGGAGACCUCUUCUCCACCGACUGAGAGAGCUUUGAUCAGAUGAACUAACCCACCCACCCCCUGGCCCUCUCCCAACCUCAGCCAUAUGUUUGAUUACUCUCAGCUGCAUCUCCAGCCAAGAGGACACGUGUGGUCAGACCUCCCCCAGAAGAGUAGCCAGCCCACCUGCUAACUGGAACCUGCAGGGUGGAAAGGAGGGAACGAACAUUAGAAGCAAGAUUUGGUCAGUGUCCGCAGAGAACAGAGACUCUGUCAGCCUGGAUCUUUUCUUCACGUAUUUUGCUCAAUUGUCAAGGAUUCCACUUCACCAGCUUGGAACACGUUUGUUUCCCCCCGAUUGCUUUUAUUUAGUUUUAAAAGCUGGGAGUGUCAGUGAUUCAGGAGGAAGGAAAGGUGGGGGGGGCUGAAGAAGCAGGGAUAAAUAUUGGUUGUCAGGAUGUGUCAAAACGUCUGUGUGAUAUGUUUUUUCAGUUCAAGCAAAAGGUGGGCCGUUUACUCUCUUUAAUUCUUCUAGGUUGUGACUACACUGUGAAGAGGUUCAUUAGUUUUAUUAUUAUUAUUAUUAUUAUUAUUUUUUUGUUGAUGGCUUUUUAUGGACACAUAGUUGGAUAGCUGGUUGUGGAUGUGUGUGUGCGUACACAUAGCGAUGAUAUGAAAUGUCAGCCACACAUGGGCGGAGUGGGGGUUAAACGGAUUAUUUUAAAGUCAAGAGACAAGUUGUAGUUUUGUGUUCAAAUUCGUUUUUUUUUUUUUUUUUUUACACACACGUAUGCAGUUAAAAGCAACAGUUUUCAUGCUUUAAUUUGGGAUAUAAUUGGUCUAAUUAUGGUGAUUAGUUUGGAAGAGUAUCCGAUCCAGUUUUCUCUGACAGAACUUCAAAAUACACAGAGACAAAGAAACGAAAGACAAGCAUUGAAAUCCUUAUAUUUUAGUGUCUGUAGGUUUGAGGGAGAUGGAGAUGAAGAUGUAUUAAGACAAUUAACCUGCAACAUUUUCUGAUAGUGUUAACAAUGUUUGUUAGAAUAAAAAAAAAAAAAUGUUAAAUGGACUGAAUGGACAUUUUCAGCUGCAUUCUCAGGUAUGAGCAUAAUGAGUUACAAUAUUAAAUUAAAUCGAUCAUUAGAUAUGUUACAAAUUUACGUCACAUAGCAGUUCCUCUCACUUUUUAAAAUACAUUAGUUAGAUAUUAAGGUCGGGAAGAGUGAGCCAUUUCCAAUGUUUUUUUUGUUUGUUUUUUUUGUUUUGUUUUUUAAAUCUUGGUUUUCAGUUUUCUGUAUACAGAAAGAAUAAUAAAAAAAAAUGAUUUAUUGAGAAGUUUUAUGUUGAAAGGUCAGAGAUGUUUACCUGGACUACUACUACUAAAAAGAAAGAAAGAAAAGGGGUAAUUUUGGUAACGAUUCAAAAACAAGAUGACGGCUCCUGCUCCUGGUAAGAUGAGUGUUUGUUUUUUUUUAAAUAAAGGAAGAUAAUAGUAGCUUACCUGCUGAUGCAACAGGUGUGAAAUGCUGCUGCAAAUCCUUUCCAGUUAACUCGUGACUGGUGUCUCCUGUCUGUCUGGAACCACAGCUUAAGCGAUGUUCAUUAAAAACCAAAUGUAUGGUCGUUACUGGAGUCAGAUGAGGGAAAAAAUAGUUUGAAUUGUGUUCAACUCUUUCAUCUGGGUUUGUUUCAAAAAUAAUUCGAUAUCCGUAUGGCUUGCUGUGUACCGGAAAGGAUUGCAGUAACAUUUUAACCCAGAUGUGCUUCACUGUAGAUACUAUUUAGAUAUUUUCAUACCUAUUUGCUGUGUGGUGUGUGUUUCUCUCUGUAGAAUCAUACUGUACUACCAGGACUCUACCAGUAGGGGGUAGUGUUUUUUUCUGUAAUGAAAGUGAUUCAGUGGAAGCCAAUAAACUGGAACCAUUUGAACAAA